AUGGCCGUGACGGGUACGCUUUUGACCAGCUUCUGCACCAAGUACUGGCAGAUCUUCCUGGCACAAGGGUUGUACACCGGUAUCGGCAUGGGUAUCAUGUUCAUGCCAGGAAUUGCCAUUGUGGGGUCGUACUUCAAGCAACGAAGAACAUUAGCGCUGUCAAUUGCGAAUGUGGGCACUGGACUUGGAUCGGUCACGUUUCCGACGCUUCUCAACUACACGAUCCCUCACGUCGGAUUCCCAUGGGCGGUCAGAUGCCAAGCACUCAUGAUGCUUGUCCUCGCCGUCAUCGCCUGCACACUUCUCAAGCCUCGCCUCCCGCCGAGAAAGUCAGGGCCAAUCCUGGAAUUGGAGGCAUUCAAAGAAAGAACCUACUCCUUCUUUGCUGCUGGCUCUUUCUUCUUCUUCCUUGCACUUUACUUCAGCUUCUUCUACAUCAACACCUUUGCUCAGGUCGCUAUCGGACUUUCAUAUACGGACUCAGUGGCACUUCUUCUCAUUCUCAAUGCUUCUGGAAUUCCGAGUCGUGCUCUGGCUGGCAUCCUAGCAGGAUACGUGGGCGCGAUCAACACAUUCAUUUUCAGCAAUGGUCUCGUGGGUGUGAUGUACUUCGCGUGGAUCGGAGUUCGCAACAGACCUAGUUUGUAUGCUUUGUCUGUCAUAUUCGGAAUUGCGAAUGGCUUCGCACAAGGAAUCUUCACCCCAGCGCUGGCGAGCUUGACGGAGGACCCCCAGAAAAUGGGAGUCCGCUUCGGUAUGGUGGCGACAAUCGUCGGUGUGGCAUCCUUUGCAGGCCCACCCAUUGCUGGAGCGAUCGUUGACGGAACCGGAAAGUACAUUUGGGCGCAGAUUUGGGCUGGAGUGGUCACUUUUUUGGCAUGUCUCUUCCUGGCUGCUGCUAGGAUAGCUGCUGUUGGAUCCGCAUGGACGGCGAAGGUGUGA